GCCAUCUUUUGCACAGUAGUAGUCUUAAGUUGAGUAAUUCAUAUUUUUAUAUCUCAAAAACAUGGCAUAUUCCGUCUUGGAACAGCUAAAAGAAGACGCAUUGAAGUGUGAACUUUGUUUCGAAGUUCCCGGAGACGACGACACCAAAAAUGUGUUCAAACAGCUACGAUGCAAUCACACAUUCUGUAAAAAUUGUCUUGUGAAAUUGGUGAAACCAGAAGGCCGAAUCACUUGCCCGAAUUGCCGCGAUGAAACGGUCCUGGACAACGCUGUGUCUGUAGAUAGCCUUCCGUUAGCUUUUCAGGUGACAAAUGUAAUUGAUUGGAUAAAUAAAAAACAGGUAAAGGAGCUAAAAUGCCAGACAUCAGAUCGACAAUGUCCAGAGCAUAAAGUGCAAACAAAUUUCUUUUGCAUUGAUUGCAAUGAGUACGUAUGUGGAGAUUGCUUGGCUCUGACGCAUGAUAAGAAACAUACAUCGCUGUAUAUUAAAACUGAGGCAGAAUCAAUGCGCAAAGGAAUACAGAAGAUGAUAAAAGAAAUUGACUUUCAUUUGGUACAUUGGAAAAAAGCAGAAAACCAAAAAAACCAAAUUGCUGUACGUAUCAAUGCAGAUGCAGCUAAUGCAAAGGCAUCAUUACAAAAAUGUACAGGCCAAGUCAUUAAGACUCUGGAGGAAAAGAAAAAAUGGUUAAUGAAUUCAAUAAUAAAUGAACAUACAGCAAAACUCAACACUGUGAGAACAGAAAAUGUAGCAAUAACUCAUCAAAUGAAAGAAUAUGAAACUAAGGUGGAAACAGUAAGGAGGUCCUUGGAACACUCAGACGAUCAUGAGGUUUUCAAAGCACGUGUUGCUAUUGGAAAGAUCCAUAAAGAAGUUCUUGACAAACUGCCUCCGAUCCUGCCUGAUCAAUCGCAGGCAUGUUCGUUGAGAUUUACACCUAAUUUACUAGCUGUCAAACGCUUGCAAACUGAUAUUAAGCGGAUUGGAAAAGUUCACACAAUGAAUACUAGUAUUGUUCCAGAAUCAUUGAUUCAUGUACGCAAUAUGACUCGUAAAGAUAUUUCGCCAGCUGUCUUGAAACACAUGGAAAGUGCAGUGAAAGAAGCGUUCGAAUUAGAAGUUCAGAAACUGCCAUUAAGCGAAGACAGAAUGGCAAAAUGUAAAUUUAUUGUGAAUCGAUUACAAAGUUUAUUUGGUGAAAAAUGGAGCUGCAUGAUAGGAGAUUUUGGGGCCAAAUUAAAUACUGUGCAUUACGCCGUUUUUAUCGUAAAUGAAGCUGAUUUAGUUUUUGUUUUCAAAAACAAGCUAAAUACUACAGAUGAAGAAAAUAGAAAUACUGUACAGGAAGAUAAGCCUAAGUUGAAACAUCAGACAGCAAGCAGCAGUUACAAUAAAGAAACGGACAACAUGACCAAAAUAAAAACACCCUCUCGGUCACUCGCUUGCACCUCUGUGCUCUCCUGCGGCAGUCCACUGGGCCCCCGAUCCACUGGGGUCCCAAAGCUUGUCAUCAAGCGGACCCAUAGGGAUAUGAUGUCGGAGCAAUAUCCACGCAGGCUAUCCAUAAAGGAGUCCCAAAUACCGGUCACCAAAAAACGAGCAUACUAAUUUGCAUCAACAAGAGCCAACAAGCACCAAUGAGUAUGCAAUAAACAAUUAUUGAUGUAGCAAGUAGUCUCUAGUACAGAAAUUUGCUGAUUUAUUAGCCUUAGUCAUGUACUUUGAUGUGUGGUGUUUGCUGUAUAAUGCUACUAAAGUGUGUUUAACCAACAAUAUAGCGUUGAUGGUUAUUUAGAAACAUAAUUAGUCCGAAACAGAGAGAAAUAGCUGUGUUUCAUUCACUAUAUUAUUUUGUAACUAUGGUAGACUGUAUUACAUGCCACACCAUUAAAACUACACAAGAAGCUCUGUUGUAAUUGUACAGUAUCAUCAGCAUUGUUUGUAAUGGUCCUAAAGAACACAAAUGCUAAGAUCUUAGUUAAAAAAUAAAACAAAAACAACAAGCAUUGGAAACUGAAUAUCAUAUGCAUGUACUUUAAUAUUUAAAAAAAAAUGGUUGUAACACUUUAUAAAAGAACAGGUUAUGUAGCCUAGGGUACUGAUAGAAUUAAAGUCAUACAGGCAAUUACCUGGGGGUGGGGGUUCUAUAGUUAGACUGAACCCCUUUUUUUUAACAUGGUCUACUUGGCCCUAAUAUCUGGCUUUUAUAGUUACAGGCUGUCGUACAUUAAAAUUUUAUUUAUGAAAAUAAAACAGUGUCAAGCAACCGAUUUAGUUUCAAUGUGGUCUUAUUGAAAAUAAACAUCUAAAAACAUAAGCUAUACAAAUAUGUACAACAAUACAUGCUUACAGCUUGUUUUAAUGCUUGGUGUUGAUUUUCAGCCAAAAUUAAAUUCUAUUAACGCAAGGCAAAAGUGGUCAAUGGAUCUAAAAUCAUGGUUGCAUUUCAUAAAAUAAUCACUAUAAUUUUAUCAAAUAACUUAAAAACUAAUAAUAAUCUAUGGAAUAAUUUAAUUAAUUGACUAAGUAUUCAGCUCUGAACACCCAUGAUGGGUAAGGAGGAACCCAGCAGCUAAUCAUUAUCACUUAAUUUCAAUACUCAUAAUUCUGAUACAUGAACAGCUUGAAAUAAUAACUAUAGUUUACUAUAUUUAGAGUUGCAUUGUAUAAUGGCACAUGGAUGCACAGGACAAUAUCAAUAAACAUGAUUAUGCAAAUGAUAUGUGACAUGACAAUUAUGAGGUCAACUGAUUUUACAUACAUAACACAUAAAUUACUAGAUUAUUUUUUACCUGCGAUUGACUAUUGUUUUUUAUAAAUAAACAAUUACCCACUUACAAAACAAAAACAUUCAAUAAUAUAGUAAAUAAACUGGUACAGAUCUAAGACUUCAAAUCUAAGAAAAAAUGAUUUUAAAUUUCAUUUUAGAAGUCAAUCUCUUUAAUUUCUUUUUCAAUAUGAAUUAUUAUUUAAACAAAAAUACAAAUAAUGGUCUUUGGCUACUUAAUAUACAAUCAAUAAUUUCUUUUUAAAAAUUUGUUCGUUUGAGUAAAACUAAAAAAAUUAUUGUUUGCUAAGCUAUAUAAAUAAAUCAUUGGUUUGCUUAAACCUUUCGCAACUGUACACACAUUGUGACGGCACAUUAAAAUAUAUAUAAAUUUAUGAUCAUAAUAUUUUAUUUAAUUUUUCACUAUUAAACUUUAAUAGUGUUAACAGAUGGGAUGUACGUAUUAUUAAAAAAAAAAA